AAUCAUGGCAGAUCUGAGUUUGACCGACGCUCUGACCGACAGCGUUCCCGAUACAGAGGAUGUUGUGGAGAGAGAUUUCGUGGCCACUCUGGAGGCGGAGACCUUUGAUGAUCAGGUCGGCGAGACGGUUGGCAAGACGGACUUUGUCCCACUGCUAGACAAUGAUGGGAAGGAGCCAGGUACAGUAAUGGAGAACGGAGAUCAGAAAGUCCAAGGGGCUCAGAACCCUGGUGGCGUAAGUCCGCUGGGCUCUUCAGGACUGAUUUCAGCGCCGUGGCCGGAGACGCAGGGGGACGUACGGCCGCAUCAAACGGACCAGCAGGACUUUGGCACAGAUUUUCUAACCGGUUCGAUGUCUGGUUUUUCACACUCCAGCUCUCCACAGAUGAUAGACAGCAGUCCAAUCGGGGCGUUCUCAGGUUUCUCUGAGCCCGGCGUGAUGCUGAACACGGCUGCCAGUCCUGUUCCUCUCCAGACAGAAAGACCGUUUGAACCGCACUCGACACCAGCGGUCCAGGUCACUGAAACCCCCAAAAUACCUGCUGAACCGCUGAUAGCCAUGACCCCCAAGAGCCCAGCGGACACAUCUGCAGGUGUCUUUGGUGAGCGCUGGUCCGAUGAGGCCGGCAUCCCAUCUGAUCUGCCCUUCACACCCAGCGUUUCCACAGUUAUCAGUCGCCAUGCGAGUCACCUGACUGAGAGUCCACACGACGCGCCUGACCCCCACUGGUCCCCCAGAGAUAGCUUAGCUGGAGAUGAGAGGGAAACUGAAGCAUCUGACCGCAAAAAAGACAAGAAGAAGAAGAAAAGACGACCCAGAGACGAUGUGUUUGACACGGAGCUACAGAGCGAAAGCGCCGAGAGCCCGCAUCGCUCGUCCCCUCGCAAGGAACGCGACAGAGAGGGAGACUGGGAAGACAUCGGCCGCGUGGGUGGUAGAGUCAAGAAGCCCAAAAGUCGAAAGAAGAUUCCAGAGGAAUGGGCCAUCCAUGCAGAGCCUUUCGUUCCUGCCUCAGCCUCCGUAUCACAAGAGUUUGGAAGUGACAGCGGUUUAAUGUCUCUCUCUGAAGAUUACACAGACGAGAGUUUCAUUCCUCUGUCGCUCACGCAAGAUCUUCUGUCCCUCACGGCUACUUCACCACCAUCCACCCUUCAACCUGCGGUGACGUCGCAGAAAUCUCCAGGUCAGACUUCAGGUCUCUCUGUGUCAUCUGGCUUUCAUGAGAUCAUCAUGGAAACAGACAGCGCCUUCCAGGGUUACCCAAAAGAUGCUUUUGAGUCACCGCUGGGCAAAGCUGCUUCUCUCACCCCUGCAGGAGCCUUUGAGGAGGCUAUGUUUGAACAAGAACCCUACACUCCUCCUCCUGUCAUGAGCUUGCUUGAGUCCCCGAUGAAAGAACCCCAGAUGUCCACCCCUGAAACCACCCGUUUCGUCCCACCGAUGGAGGCGUUGAUCUCAGCACCACCGUUUUCACCGUCUGGACCUGCUUGGUCUCUCAAUAAUCACAAUCUCUCCAGUGUGACACCUGCGCCUUUUCCAUCACCAAAGAACAAAACCCCAAAAGAGUCCAAACAAGGAAAGAAGUCUCGUUCGUCCUCAUCCAAGAGUCCCAGCACUCCUGACGGACAGUUACCCUCUCCUCAGAGUUCAGGUCUGAAUCCGGCAGCGCCGCCAUUCUUUCCUAGUUUUGCGGAACCUCUGGAACCUCAGGCCUUUACAUCAGAAGAAAACUGUGAGAAAAACAAGCCAGAUGUGAACAAAACCGACAACAUCCAGAAAUCUGACAACUCUGAUGUCAUCAACAAGAUGCAGAAAGAUGAGAAAACGCUUGAGCUGAAAGACAAAACUGAGCACACCCAUCAAAUCGAACUGAAGGAUACUCCAGAGAAAAUGAAAGAAACGGCCACACCUGAUAAGAACAAAGAGAAAAUCGACAAGAUUGAAAAAGUUGACAAGAUAGAAACACCGGUGAAGGUUGAAGUGACGGAGAAAGUCGAUCCGUUAGAAAAACCCCUGACAAAAGACGUGUCUGAGAAAGAUGAGAAACCAACGGAGAAGAGAGAGAUGACGGAGAAGACUGAUUCCUCCCUAAGCAUGGACAAUGAGAAGGUGGAUCAGGUAAAAAAGCCUGAAGUGAAGACUGAGAAAGUCAAAGCCGAUGAGAACGAAUCUAACCGAGACACAGCAGAAGAUAACAAACCGGAUCUGAAGCUGGAAAAGGACAAAGUUGUAAAAGAACAGAAGACGGAUGAAGUUAAAGUCGAACAGAAGACAGAAAAGGUUGAAUCCGCUGAUAAGAAAUCUGCCAAAGCUGAGAAGGACGAGAAAGGCGAGAAAGCCAAAAGGCCAGCUGCUAAACCUGCCGUAAGCAACGGUGUGCCUGCGAAAGACUCGAGCAGUCCUGCGAAAAAGACCAAGCCUGUCGCAGGUGCAACCAAACCCAUCUCCACCAAACCCCGGCCAAGCUCCUCCUCCACCGCUCCACCUGCUCCCAAGCGUCCGACCCCUACCUCAUCCACCAGUGCACCCGCCCCCCUCAGCAAAAAAGCCCCCGUGCUCAAAGCACCCCCCCCAUCCGCUGGCACCAAGCGACCGGCUACAGCAUCCACUCGACCCCACACGGCUACAACCUCCGGUACAGCGGCUAAAGAGGUCAAGCCCAAGACGGCCACAGAGAAGCGCCCACUUGUGCCAAAGGUCUCGAGUGCGCCCGCUCGGCCCGCCGCCCCCAAAAACAGCUCGUCUACAACAGCGGAAAACAAACCGGCUACCACAACAACACGCACAUCAACCACAACACGGCCAACAGCCAGCACUCCCGCCACCCGACGCCCGGUCACAAAGACUGACGGUAAACCUGAAGAGAAGAAAGCAACCACACUGAAAACCACAGAUGCUGCUCGGUCUAAAACGGCACCUCUCCGAACAUCCACCGCUACAAGCAGGAUCAGCGCUUGUCCCACAAAAACACCACCUACCACCGCAGCAGCCGACAAGAAACCGCCCGUACCCCGCGCAUCACGACCCAACUCAACAACCACCAGCGCUACAGCUCGCCCCGCCCCUCACCCUGGCUCCGCCUCUGCUACAGAUAUCAAAAUCGUGCGCUCCAAGAUCGGCUCUACGGACAACAUUAAACACCAGCCCGGAGGAGGGAAGGUCACAGUUUCUCAGAACAGAACGGACACUCAGAGUAAAGACAUCAGCCAGGGCAAAGUUCAAAUACUCUCCAAAAAAAUGGACUACAGUCACGUCACGUCUCGCUUGGGCUCCAAGGACAAUAUGAAACAUGUUCCUGGUGGAGGGAACAUCCAGAUUCUCAAUAAGAAGGUUGACGUUAGUAAAGUAACCUCAAAGUGCGACUCCAAAGCCAACAUGAAACAUAAACCAGGUGGAGGAGAUGUGAAGAUCGAGAGCCAUAAGAUGAAUUACAAAGAUAAAGCUCAGUCCAAAAUUGGCUCAAUGGAUAAUGUCAAUCAUGAGCCUGGUGGAGGUAAAGUCAAGAUUGAGUCUUUCAAGCUUCAUUUCCGCGAGAAAGCCCGCUCUCGCACGGACCACGGCGCCGACAUCAUCAUCUGGCCCGCCUCGGCUGACGGCUCCGCCCAACCCCACCUGUUACGCAACAGCGUCUCGCUCAACGACUCCCUCGCCACCGCCGGCCUCCCCCGCUCCCACACCACCCCGACUCUCCUCUCCUCCCAGGAACAGGGCGGAAUCGUCGGCUCGCUCGACGGACUCCUGACGUGACUUCUCUUCUCCCGUUCGUCCUACCAUUGCUAUGACUCGUUUAAUGGGUGUGUUUGUUAGACGUCAGACUGCAUGAAGAAGGCUGGUAGUGGGUGCUCUGAUGAAGGUCCGAAUGAGGUUUUGUCUUUUAUAAGCUUUGGUUUGGCCAUGAACCCUUUUCUCAGCCUUUUGUCCGCUGCUAAACUCAUGCUCGUCACAACACAACAAUCACAACAUCAGCUUUCUCAUAUGACAUCUAGAUCUUGGUCUUUAUUUCUCUGUACAACAGUGUUGAAACUUGGUUCAUGAUUAAUGUAGCUAACCUGAACAUUACAAAUAAACAUCUAGAUCCGUCUGGCCAUCAUCCCACGCUGCCUUCAGGUCCUGCUGAGUAGAGUUUAAAAGUGUUUCGCAUCAUUCAGCGGUGAUGAUGAGUUCAUGAUGAACAUUGGAUGAGUGCUGCAGUGCCGAUGUAGUUGUGAAGGCCAAACUAGAAGUUCUGUGACAAAAACGGCAAUAGGGUUUUCAAUAUUACGAAGAAUAAGCUGCUGAUGAUCAAGAAAAGUACAGGAUACACGUCUCGUCCAUCCAGAUAAUGGUCACAAAUAAAGACGACGUUUGUGGAUUUUGAAGCGUAAAAGUACAUUUUAUAAGAUGCUCGCUCAACAUCAGUAUCACUCUUUGAAACUUUAUUAAAAACAUGUUCUCUGAAAGGAAACUCCUCCAUCCAGCAUUUUUGAGAUUUGUGUCCAUGUUGCAUCACUUUCGAGGUUUUUCUGCACGAUGACAUUUAAUGUGUCUGACCAUGUCUGUAGUCCCAUGUACCAACUUGUUAUCAAUGACCUUUUUCCAAGGCCCGUGCAAUCUUUUAAAAUCACAAGUGGGGUAUUACCGGUGUGAUUUAUGUCGUAGAACAAAACGUGACAAUAUCUCAAGCUUCCAGACCUUAUUUUAGCCAUUUAAACCAAAACCCAUUGAUUUCCUGAUGCUCUAAAACUAACUCUGGAUAUUGGCCUACAAAACGACUUCAUGACCGCAGCACUCUACUAAUGCUUUAUCCUGCAGAGGAUGAGGGGAAAUGUAGUUUUAUCACAUAAACCCGAGGCUGGCUUGAAGGCAGCGUAGUUCAGCACACCGGGGCUGUCAUGUGACCUCUCGCUUGACCGUCAGUACAUUAAAACCCAUAGGCUAUCUGAAUCUCUGUGUGUCGUGAUUGUGUGUUUGAGUAAAUAAUAUAGAAUUGAACUGUUCGUUUUUAUCCUUCGGUUUUCUUUUUGUGACCAGCGGAUGUUUCUUUCUUCUCAUUGUUGUAAAGCAAUAUAUAACCAUCUCCUACAAUGCCUAUAAGACGUUCAUUUACACGCACCGUGGACUGAGAUCAUAGUGUCAAAUGUAGCUCCAGACGGCUCUGUGAAAGUGAAGAAGGUCUGAGGAGGAACACUGAAGGGAAAAUACUUUAGAAAGUAGAAAGCAAGACUACAACAUGGAGUUUCAUGCGGAGAGGUUUUCUUGUCAUUGAUGUAGGUGCAGUAUGUUUGUAACUCCUGAUCUGCUGCGGGUGGCACUUAAAUCAUCUGCCUUUACAGAGACACAGAACUGAAUGUCACGCCUUGAAACCUUUGAACUAGUUGCGGUUUAAGAAACGGUGAAUUGUGCAUCAGGUGGUUAUUUGGAUGAUUCUAUUAUUGCGUGUUUUUGCGGGUCUUUUUGAAGCUUGAUAGCCUGAUGUUGAAAGUUCCUGCGGAGCUUGUAGCUGAUCUUUCUUGUAGCAUCUUCUGUAGUAGUUUAUUUUCAAGUUGAGUGUGGAAAAUCAUACUCGCAGAUGUUUGGUUUGGUGUAAGGAGGUCAGAACACAUGUUUUUUUGUGACUUUAUUCGUUUUCAUCAUCUGUGGGCAGUGUGGAUGGAGGGAUGGGGUUUUAAUCGACGUUUUGUUCCAUAUGCAGGUAUUAUUCUCACCAGGUUUCUUCAAUCCCAUUCAAACACGUAAGGCAAUAAGGCUGUCUGUUUGACAUCGUCAUCAAAUAAUCCACAUCAGGACAUGAAUGAUCAAUAAUAAAUAAAGAUCCACUGAUGUUCAGAAAAAACAUGUUUUUAAAGAUGUUUUUAGAUAAAAAAUGGAAAUUCAGCUUUGGGUUUUGAGCAUUGAAGAUGGUCUCCCAUUUACAUUUGAAGGAGGAAAAAGAAUUUAUUAGAACGUUUCACCUGUGAAUUAGUGAAUAACACAGACAUAUAAAUGUGAUUUUAUUAAUUGAUUUUUGGCAAUAAUUAAUAUUUAUCUUUUUUUGUAAAUAUUUGUGUUUGAUCUGUGCCAUCCACAAGUACAGUAUUUAAGUACGGUUAAUAAUAUGUAUAACAAUGGUUUGUAGUGAAAUGGUCACAAUCUGUCCCAUAAAUGCAGUCGAUAUAAUAAGAACAAAGUGCAACUUCUUUUUUCUUUUCAAAUAUUUACGGUUGCUCUCCCCAUAUUGUUCUAUGUAAACACAUGCUGCCAUCUAAUGCACUCAAUAUUGCCACAAGAAUGAAAGAAAUGUAACAAAAAAUCUUUAACUCUUAACACAAGUGCUUGAUAUUCUUUACCUUUAAUGGCUGGUGGUUUUAUUGUUGUUGUUUUUCUGGGAAAAGACAAAAAAAAAGAACAAACAGGUUUGAGAUACAAUAAAGAUGCAAAGCACUUAUAAUUCUGUCCUCUGACAGCUGUGUCUUUAAUGUUUUGGUUGUGGGCAGUCUGCCCUGAUGAUGCCAGGUGGGUCAUGUUCAGGUGGGCAUUGAUAUUAUUAAACGUCUUCUAAUAAUCUUAAUGAAUCUCACAUACCCUUUACAUUUGAUCAAUAUUAGUCUUACAAUACAUGCUGAGAGACAUAAACAGUAUAAUGCUGUCAAAACUAAAACUGGGGUGGGGGUGCAAUGAAUGUGUAGCACUGAUUUUUUUUGGUCGUGAAGGACCUGGGCAUCGUGUUGAAUCAUGGAGUGAGAGGAGAGGUCCAAUCAUUCUUAUUAUUGUUUCUUUUGUUAUUUUCUUUUCUUUGUUGAAUCUGGGAGAGAUAUGAAUUCUAUUCAUUAUAAAGAUGUCCAGCCCUGAAGUAACAUAAACUAAGAAACACAACAUUCGUGUGCAAAACUAGUAGUUCUGGUUUUGGUUUCUGGUGAUGCAGUAAAGUAGAUCACAUCCAUGCUGAAACCAGCUCAGACUGUUGUUUUGGUGAUUUUCUUGAUUGUGCAUUUUCCUUUAUUUUCGAGUUAUUUCCAUUAAAAAUAAAUUUCAUAAUAUUUUUGGUUUGAAUGAGGUGUUUAUUGUGGUUAACUGUUAACUAUGAUGUGAUUAUUAAAAAUUAAAUGAAAUGAAGUGUUUAAAACAUUCUA